AUGCCACAUCUCUACUGCGAAGUCCAGUUUGCCGAUGAAAUUCAGAAUGGUCAGACUCGCAAGAAAGUUGCUCAGGCCUUCUGGCAGGCUAUUGCAAGAGGCAAUGUCCUUCAAGUCCUCCAAGAUCAUACCAAGACUGGCUUGUUCAAGCGUCGCGUUUUCGUCUAUGCCGGUUAUCAGGGUGCUUUUGGAUCCCUGGCUUGGAAGCUUGCUAGUCGCAUGCAGGCUGGCGCCGCCUUGGCUGUCCAUGGCCUUGGUGGUCGCAAUGCUGUCCCUUGCGAAUGCUGCGAAAAGGGUUGGCAGGCUGUCCGGGCUGGGCCUGAUCAGGUCGCCUGUUUCGUCCCCUUCUAG